AUGGCAACACAGUAUCCUUCAAUCCAGUCGCUUCAUCGCGCCCCCUACCCCGGCGACGGCGUCUACACCAAGACUCUUGAUGACCAGCGAGACACUGAGGACGCCAUCGUGGACGUCGUGGAUCGCCAGUCACCUGCCGACGUUCCCCGCGCCGGGCUCCAGGACGCGACGACCAUCCUUCGGUCGCCUGAGCAUGUCAGGUUCCUCGGAAGCACUCUUUUCUCCCUACCCGCUGCUUAUGUCGCGCUAGACGCCAGCAAGCCGUGGCUUAUCUUCUGGACUGUCCACAGCUAUGACGUGCUUGGCGUGCUCCUUCCUCAGGAGAUCAAGAACCGUGCGACCAACACUCUUCUCCACUUCCUUCACCCUUCGGGAGGCUUCUCUGGCGGCGCUGCCAACUCUCACAUCCCCCACCUCUUACCUACCUACGCGGCUGUCAUCUCUCUCGCUAUUGUCGGCCGCUCGGGCCCAGGCGGCGGAUGGGAGCGCCUCGUUAGCAGCCGCCAGAGCAUCUACGACUUCUUCAUGCGCUGCAAGCGCCCUGACGGGAGCUUCGUGGUCUGCCAAGGGGGCGAGGUGGACGUUCGAGGAACAUACUGCUUACUUGUGGUGGCAACGUUGCUCGACAUCAUUACGCCCGAGUUGCUUCAUAACGUGGACAAGGUUAUUGCCGCCGGUCAGACCUACGAGGGCGGCUUUGCGUGUAGUUCCUUCUCUUUCCAGGACGACCAACGAGUCGCCAUGGCUGAGGCGCACGGCGGGUACACGUCGUGCUCAAUCUUCUCCCACUUCCUCCUGGCUUCUGUACAGCCGCCCAAGCGCCUCGAGUCACUGCCUGAGUCAUUCCCGGUGCCGAUCGACGUCGACUCGGCGCUUCGGUGGAGCGCCCUGAUGCAGGGCGAGGCAAUUGAGGCCGGCGGGUUCCGCGGGCGCACAAACAAGUUAGUUGACGGGUGCUACUCGUGGUGGGUUGGUGGUACCUUCCCCAUCCUAGAGGAGCUGCACCGCCGUGAGGCCGAGGUGAAGGGGGCCGCGAACGGCUCAACCAGCGGCAAAAUUGUUCCAGUCGACGACGACGACAAGGACGAGUGGACUGAUGAGCCAUCCAUACAUGCGCUCUUCAACCGAGUCGCGCUCCAGGAGUAUGUCCUCCUCGCAGCUCAGAGACCUGAACUCGGAGGCCUACGGGACAAGCCGGGCAAGAGACCCGACCUUUACCACACGUGUAACAAUCUCUCGGGGUUGUCAAUCGCGCAGCACCGUCUGACUCACACUCCCGAAGAGGUGCAGAAGCAGCGCGACGCCUUCAAGUCUGACAAGGGCCUUCCCCCCAUCAAGCCUACCACACCCGGUGGCGGCUGGAAGAGCGAGGACGAGCGCCAGGCCAUGCGGCGCGAGGUGUGGGCCAAUGUCCGCGCGUGGGUCGAGGACGAGAGUGCGAGCCUCACUGUUGGCGGCCAGCAAAGCUGCGUUAACACGACCAUCCCCCCCUUCAACAUGCUCGACAUCCGCCUCCAGGCGUUCAUCGACCACUUCUACGGCCAGUAA